AUGGCAUCGCCAUCAUGUCAGAUGCAGCUGUACUAUGGUCCUACCUCUCAUUUCUCCCUUAUGCAGCAUAUCUACCGAGAUCUGGUCUCGAACCCUACCUCCCAGCCUGAACCCUCUGGCGGGGUCGAGGAAGCCGGAGCUGGCUUGGACUUGUUUAGCUUCCGUCGCAUUUUUUUCGGAACCCCAGAUUUUUAUGAGACUCACAAAUCACCCGGGACGGGGGAUUUAUCCAUGAUGUUCUUGCCGUAUGACUUGGCUAAGCUUUUUCUAUCGCGAUAUCUCUCCAGCCUUUAUCAUCUGAUGCCACUUCGCCCCAAGUUAUAUUACGAGCAAUGUCUGGACCGAAUGUACCAUUCUUCGCCUACAGAUCAUUUAGAUGCUUUCACCCAAGCGAUCAUUCUCCUUGUUAUGGCAACCGCGGCACUCGGCACAGCUCAUUUUGCCUGGGGUGAUGUGUUGUUCGAGCGUGUCAAGGCUUCGUUGACCGCCUUCGAUGACGUGACUGACGUUUGUGGUCUUUACGCCAAUUACCAGAACGAACAAGGUCGACCGAACUCAACGUUCUUGCAUUUGGGUUCUGCUUGUCGCAAAGCGUUAUCAGCAGGUCUUCAUAAGGAUGUUCCUCAUGAUGUAGAUCAAACCCCAGAAAACAUUGAAGAACGACGGGUAACCUUCUGGUCUAUUUAUGUCUAUGAAACCUGGUUCUGCUUUCAUACAGGGCGCCCUAGCUCCCUCUCCCUUAGAGAUGUCGCAAUCGAGUAUGCGCAGGAUCCAUUUCUUCGCCUGUUAGCGCAGCUCUGCAAAACUAUCACUCGGUCUGUCAAUGAGAUAUAUAGCCAGCGACAUGAGUCUCUUCUGCACAUGUGGAGGGUUGCUCGAUCUAUUGCGAAUGAGAUCCGUGGUCUUGAACCACAUCUAAAGCAAGCUUUGGGCCAUGGGCUUGACGAUAGCAUACAGCCGGGCUCCCUUGGGGUUCGACAAAUAAUCUUCAUCACCCUAUACAAUCAUACGCUCCUUCUCACAUUUCGCCCGUUCUUGAUAUUUCGCGGUCAUUGGCAACGAGAGAGGAAUAUCACACUCAAUCAGUCUAGCACCAAUCCCACAAAUCGCUCGAGAGAAACGCCUUCUUGGCUCAACGAAGCCUGUAAUCUUGCUAUCAAUGCCGCGCAAAAGACCCUCCGUCACCUAUGUGAAGCUUCAAGUGUUAACGACCUCGUCUUGGAACUACGAUACCAUGGAUACUUUUUCGGCAGCUCUGUAUUUACUCUCAUCUACGAGUUCAUCCACAACCCGAGUGUCGCGCCUGUCUAUCUGCCAUGGGUUUAUGCUUCAUUGCAAACCCUGUCAACGAUGCGAGCUGGGGACCCGAUCGCAAGUACAAUUUCAGCCAUGCAGACCGUCCUUCGCAAUAUCAAUCCGUCAUACGAAUGGUCACCUUUACUAGAGACAACUAGGGAUAAAGUUGCGCCCUCGGGAGGAAUGGCUAUACAUCAAGGCCUCACUCCCGACCGCGGACAUCGAUUACUGCUCAACAACACUGCAAUUCCUCAACACCCAUCGCUGGGAAUGCGGCCUGACAUACUGACAUCUCCUUGGAACCUUCCACAGGUGGAAAAACCACAAACCCCUGAAACCGGAGGGUCUACGGGCUCCGGGGAAGACUUGCUUGAUUUCACUCAGUCUGACAUGGGCUGGGAUUUCGAUUUCUCUACCAUGGAUCUGGAGGCAUUCUUUUCAGUUUAUCAGUCGAAUGAUGCUCCAGUCCUUUAA